GGAGCAUUUUCUCCCUGUGCUCUAGCUCAACCUCUUCAUAAAAGCCCAGGGAGAAGGAGGUGGAGAUUCCCCAGCUGAAGGGGGAGGGUUUCCUGCGCCUCUCUGACAGGGACACACCUCUGCACUAGGGAGUGGGAGCCUGAUCGGGAAGACUGGGAAAUCAUGCUUUUCAUCUGGGCUCUACAGUUGGCUUUAGUACUCCAGGGAGGCUUCUCUGAUGCACAACCGUUCAGAUCCUCCCCUGGAAAUGCAGACAAGUGGAUGAAGUGGUGCGAUGAACACAAAGUUCUUCAUAGUCGCCUAGACCUCGUGGAAGAGACCCUGGACAAGACUGUGGAGCACUUAGAGUCUGAAGUGAAGAACCUGCUUAACCUGAUGGAUAGCAUAGCAUGGAACUUGCCCCCAGAGCCCGGGAGCCCUGUUGAGGACUUCUUUGGAGAUGGAGGAAAAAUAGACAUGGCUGGAUCUUGCCAUCUCUUCAGCUCUGCUGAUGAGCAAAAGGAGCUCCCCGCAGACAAGGAAGAGGAUGCAGGGGGAGGGGAGAUGUGAAUCCCUCUGAGGACCAAGAGGACCUGGGGCUGAGGGCAGCAGUGACUUCGCAGCUCUUUGGAUAACUCCUCCCCACGUGGCUGAUAUUUCAUCCACUUGGAUACAUGUUGGAAAAGGCUGUCGUGUAAUAAAUGUGUCUGGUACUGUGAACUUGAAGACUGUUGUACUGUUGCAGCCACAAGUCAGACGCUUCUCUUUUUAUUUUGCUUAGAACACCCCAGCAAGGAAAACUGCCCAAAAUGAGGAGGUGGAAGCAGGAGACCCAGAUGGGAGGAAAAGGGUGCUUUGGGAAACAACUGGCCCACAGGAAACCAUUGGGUACCUCAGGGGUAAGGAAACUCAGGAGACCCCUGGGUGCUCUUACUGUUGGAUUCCAAUUCCUAGAACAAAGGGACUUACCCUGAGUUCCUUGAACUUAAAAAAAAAUUAUAACUAGAUUUCAAUAUAAACACAAGUAUUUAAAACAUUAUUCUGGACAGGAGGGGGUCAUAGAGUCAACCGGACUGCCAAAAAGUGGUCCAAUUAAAGGCCCCCUGCAUAAAAGGAAGGAAGCUUUAGAUACACAAAAGGUAGUUAUUUCUUGGAGACUAGGAAGGGAAA